AUGUCGGAAACUGGCUCCUAUCAAAACCCCAUUUUGAGGGGUUUCAACCCAGACCCUACCAUUUGUAGGGAUCCCAGGACCAAUGAUUUUUUUAUCGCAACAUCGACAUUCGAAUACUUCCCUGGAGUUUCAAUAUAUCACAGCAAGGAUCUUAUCAGUUGGAAACUGAUCGGCCAUGCGCUCACCAGACGUAGUCAGCUCGAUAUGCGAACAGUUGAGCCUGGCGGCGGGAUUUGGGCACCAACUCUCCGGUUUGUCAAUGGGAGAUUUUACAUGACAACAGCAAAGUGGGACAGGUAUCGCCCCGCGCAAAAUGAAAGAGUCUGGCCCAGGGGUUUCUAUGUUGAAACCGACAACAUAUGGGAUGAGAACAGCUGGUCUGAUCCAGUCUAUUUCGACCUUCCGGGGUUCGAUCAAGAUUUAUUCUGGGAUGAUGACGGAAAGGUCUAUUUGUCGACAACCUAUAGGUUGGUGGAUAGGGAUCCGAAGAGUACGAAGAAGGACUUUGCAAUUCAUCUAUGCGAGGUAGAUUUAAGGACAGGGACAUCAUUGACUCCUCCGACUGUCAUUCGCGUUGCGCCAUCUGGACUAGCUGAAGGGUCCCAUAUCAUCAAAAGAAACAAUUAUUACUAUCUGUUCACCGCAGAGGGUGGUACGGAAGAAGGUCAUACUGAGUGGGUAUCUCGCAGUAGCGUUGGUCCACUGGGUCCCUGGGAGCUUGGAACAAGGAACCCUUUAUGGAGGAACACAACUUCAGAUGAGGUUCAAAAUACUGGGCAUGCCGACCUGAUUGAAGAUGCUGUAGGGAAUUGGUGGGGUGUUUUCUUGGGAGUAAGGCCCUGGAGGCAAGAGGUCAAUGGGGAAGUGACUUGGGAGAUCUCUCAAUAUGGCCGCGAGAGUUUCUUAGUCCCAGUAAGCUGGGAAGACGACUGGCCAGUCUUCAAUUACGGCAGCAAAAUAACACUCCUCGGGAAGGCACCCGAUACCUAUCAUGUACGAGAUGCUGAGACCUGGUUCGACGAUUUUGGUAAAAGUAACCUCGAACCAGGUUGGUAUCACAAACAUACGCCUUUGAAGCAAGAAUACAGUCUCACUUCUCGACGGGGAUUCCUUCGACUUCACGGUGGCCCAUACAACCUUACCGUGCCUGAAUGUCCAACCAUGCUUCUCCAACGGCAAACUCGUGCCAAUAUCGUUUGGACAACCGAGCUAGAGUUUUAUCCCGACCGCAAGACUUAUGAAGCUGGAACUGUGGUAUGGUGGAAUAGCUACACCUUUUCUAGCAUUGGCAUCCGUGUCACCGAAUCAGGUCAACGAUAUAUCGCCGUCAAACAGGCCUUGGAUGGUAAAGGUGGAUUCGAGGAAUUUCAACAUGAGCUCCCUGAAGGUAAAUUCCCAGUUCAGUUGCAUAUAAAAGCUUUACCGUUAGAGUAUCACCUUGGUUUCUCCUUCCCAACGGGUAGUGAGCCGGAUCAUCACCUCAAGCGGACCAAAACCGAUAUCACCUGGCUCUCAAGUGUUUCGACUAGAACCAUGACACUUCUCCCACCUAUCGGAAAUGCCUUUGCUGGGAUGAUGUUCGGUGUUUACUCUUUUGGGGAGCUAGAGCGGUGUCUUGUGCCAGCCGACUUCAGUUACGUUAGGUGGGAUGGACUGUAG